AUGACACUUGUGCGGAAUGAGAAGAAUGAGUUGGUGCCAAUGAGACUUCAAAAUGGGUGGAGAAUGUAUAUUGACUUCAAGAAAUUGAAUGCGGUCACAAGAAAAUAUCAUUUUUCAUUACUGUUCAUCGAUGAGAUGCUCGAGAGAUUGGCAGGAUCGAAAGUAACAGUUUUCUCUGAUCAUGCAAGCUUAAAAUACCUUUUGACAAAAAAGGAGUCCAAAUCAAGAUUCAUUCAUUGGAUACUCCUACUGCAAGAAUAUGACUGGGAGAUCAAGGAUCGAAAAGGGACGGAUAAUUCAAUGGCAGACCAUUUGAACCUAUUGAUUCGAGAAGAAGAGGGAGUGCCCAUAUCCAAGGUAUUCCCAGACGAACACUUAUUUCAGCUUAGAGGGUGUUUUGAUGAUUUGCAUAGAGCUUUAGCUACUGAGGUCCCGUUUGUAGUCGUAUCAAUCGAGCAUCGUCUUGCUCCCGAGCACAGGCUACCGGCAGCCUACGAAGAUUGCUUGGAAGCUGUGCACUGGAUCAAGAAUUCACAAGACGAAUGGUUGGAAAAGUAUGCAAAUUUAUCAAACAGUUUCCUCAUGGGCAGCAGUUCAGGGGGGAACAUUGCCUAUCAUGUUGGUUUGAGUGCAUCUUCAUGCGUUGAUGAUCUUAAGCCUUUGAAUAUUAAAGGGUUGAUUUUGCACCAAGCAUUUUUUGGUGGCAACAAGAGGACAGAAUCGGAGUUGAGGGCUCUGAAUGACACGUUUAUACCACCCUGUUGUACUGAUGUCUUGUGGGAACUUUCAUUGCCCGUAGGUGCUGACCGAGAUCAUGAAUUUUCUAAUCCAGUUUUGAGCAUCAAACCUGGACAAUUCGAUCAGAUUAAAGCUUUAGGAUGGAAGAUUUUAAUGGCAGGAUAUGAAAACGAUGCAUUGUUUGAUCGCCAAUUUGAGAUUGCCAAAAUGUUAGAAGGCGAGGGUGUUCCCGUGAUGUCUAAUUUUGUUGAAGGAGGUUAUCAUGGAAUUGACAUGUUUGAGUUUCCCAAAACUAAAGUCCUUUGUGAGGUUGUGAAGGAGUUUAUAAUCUCUCUUGUGACAACAACUUAG